AUGGAUGAUUCUUCUACUAUUGAUUUUGAUCGAGAUUGUGAAGCUGUUCUUCCAUCUGGUGUUCCAUUGGUUGAUUCAUUUGUUCAUCAAUUGGGAAAAAAGGAUGGUAUUGUAUAUCAAGAGGCAGAGAAGUCUGAAUUAUUGUAUAAAGAAUUUAAAUCUGAAGACGAAGCUUAUGAAAUGUAUAAUGAGUACGCUUUUAGGAAGGGUUUUGGAGUUCGAGUUGGGAAGUAUAAGUGGAGAAGAGAUGGCUCAUUAUUGAAGAAACGAUUUCUUUGUGCUAAUGAGGGUUAUAAGGAUGAUAAGUGUAGGAAUCGUAGGGCUUAUAAGAAGCUUGAUUGUCGAUCUGGUUGUAAUGCCUUUAUACAGUUUUUUGUUGAUCAUGAUGGUGUUUGGACAUGUUCAAGACAUGAAAUGGUUCAUAAUCAUGAUAUGAUUCCUGUUGAAAAGAGGCAUUUAAUAAGGUCUCAAAGGAGUGUUAAUGAUGAACAACUUCGAUUUAUUUCUACAUUGAAAAUGAGUGGAGUAAAAGUUGCUGAUUCUUUGAGGGCUUUAAAAAAGGAGGUUGGUGGGUCUCCUAACCUUACUUUUACGGCUUCGGAUGUGUAUAAUGCAUUAUCAUGUGAUAAAGCUGCCAAACUUGAUGGAUGUGAUAGCAAUCAGUUGAUUAAGUAUUUUGCAAAGAGACAUGUAGAUGAGGCAGAUUUUUAUUAUGAUUUUGAGCAAGAUGAUAGUGGUGCCUUGGUUAGCUUUUUUUGGCGCGAUGGAAGAAUGCUCAGAGAUUAUCAUUACUUUGGAGAUUAA